AUGUUAAUUUCCGAAACGCGUAUCUGGCCUUUGCAUGAGAGUAUAGAAGCCCUCCUGGUGGAGGGAGAUUUUCUCUUCGUUGGCACGGGUGGCGGCUGCAUCGUUGCCUAUAGCGUAGACGAUUUGCGACAUCCAGCGGCGUUGUUACAAGGACACAAUGCGAAGAUUACGUGUUUGGGUACUUGAUUUGAAGUAGUUGGGGUACUAACCUCAUCCUCGAAGAUUAGGGCCUUCAUCUUCCAAGAUUUUAAGUAGUUGUACUUAAUAUAAGUCUAUCUUGGCAUCAUGUCUGGGUACUUGAUUCGCAGUUCUUGUACUAGUGGAUGUUGCAGGUUGUGGUAGUGUACUUCUUAUUGUUGUAGAUGAGUAGUCUGUUUUUUUUUGUGUUCGUCGCUAAGUCACUUGUUUUCUCUUUUUGCAUCAAGCUGACACUUCUUUACGUGAAAAUCGGCAGGUCUUUACCGUCAAGAGCCCAGAGGCUCGUCGAAGAGGGGAUCAAGAGGGGGAACGUCGAGAUCCAAAAGGCCUAAAAAUUCCAGAGCCUCCUCGUCAUCUUCAAAUUAUGUCAACAACCUUUCAAUUUCAUUCAUCACUACUACAAGAGUAGACAGUGCUUUGUGCUUUUUCGACCGUGAGUCAAAGUAAGAACUAGGUACUUUACCCUUUACCUCAAGUAGAGCAUGAUAUUACUACAAGCGUAUAUCGUGAUUGCCUAUGAAGAUGGAAGUGAUCAUCAAUGUCAGAUAAAAAACACUCAUGAUGAGAAGUGUUAUUGCUCCUUUGCAAAAAGAACAUAACCUCGUCUGAUGAAUAACAUUCAUGAGUCUAAAGAUCCUCCUCUAAUCCCAACCCACUUCGCGAAAGCAUUCUCGAUGGCAGAGAACACCUGCUUCGCAAGCAAGGGAUAAUGGUCUUCUUUCCUGGUGCGGAGUUUAUCUCUAUAGUGGUUCUGAAGAUGGGCGUGUUUUCUGUUGGGACUUAGGAGUCCUCGACAAGACGGACAGUCACAAGAAAAAAAAGGAGGACUUUGCAAGAUUGUUGUUAAGAUGAGAUGGAUGUCUUAUACAACUAGUCAUUAGAGCAAGGUACAAGAUGACUGGAUUACCUCAUAACUAGUUGGCCAUGUAGUAAAAAGAGGGCACAUGACAUGACGUUAGAGAGGAAGGGUACAGAGGUAUCAUGACAUGACAUGAUGCAACUACGAGGUCAAGGAAGUAUUGAAGUAGUAUUUGUUAUUUAUGAGACAAAGGUAUGAUACAGGUAUAAGGUCAAGGAAGUACUAUUAGUCCCUCAAAAUUUUCAAUUUAGACGUAUGUUUCGGAAUGCCUGGACUCUCACUUGGACUAUCGUCAUCAUCCACUCUCUAAUCACAAUGCAAUACGAAGCUCGGACGAAGAGUGCGGAUUUGGCCGCUUAUAAACCUGACCCCGAGUUGCUGCAGAUGCAGGCGUUGCACAACAUGACACACAUUUUCGACUCUGUAGCUGGGGAUAGAGAAGAUUUGGUAAAAGAGUACGCUGCAAGACUGCAAUUUUUUGGGCACAUAGGACAUGACGGUCCAAUCUCGCUCGUGCCGCAGCAACAAGGAGGUGCCGCAACAAGGAGAGAUCAUGAUGGAGACGAAAAAAGUUCUGCCGGAGGCAGUGGGAGUGAUAGAAUUAAGGCUAUCAUCUUGAUGGGCGGAACUUGGACUUGGUCCAAUGGAGGGGGUCGCUUAGAAAAUAUAAAAAUUCUUAAAGAGAAGAACCCCCUUGCAUUAGUUACCCCCCACAAGGAAGCUCUAAUGGAAGUUCGCAGGCAGGUUGUGCCUCUGACAGUGACAACUCGAGUGCAUCUAGACGAGGUAUUCGUAGUAGGAGCUCUUCGAACGCAGACUCACAGAUAAGCGACUGCUCGUCUUCCGACAAGGAUGAUAAAGGUAGCAGCAGCAAUUAUGAAGAGGACGAAGAGGAGCGUAAAGGACGAGGACAUACCACCAGUAGCACUGGUUCGGCGUCAGACGAUGACUCUGAGAAUGGUCUUAGAGGUGAGUUGAUGUGGUCUCCUAUGCGAAACCAGGUUCAGGCUGCCAAAAAGAGACGUGAGGACCGAGCUACUAGUACUGGUUCCAAAAACAGAACGAAGCACAAGAGGAACAGAAGCAGAGGUACGAAGAUGCAUCUGAAGAGGCGAAGGCAACGGGUUGUAGUAGAUGUAGUUGACGAUCAUACGAACAAGGCCGCUAAAGCAAGUCCAACAAAAUUGAUCCAUAGUGUAGAUGGAUCCCGAUUUCCUAUUUUCGUAGAAAACCCAGAGGAAGCGAUCCUGCUACACUUAAACUUAAGGCUGCCGGGGCUCAAGUAUAAUUAGCAUCUCCGUAGUUGUAUCAACAUACAUUAUCCUUGAUCGAUGUUUUUGCUUUUUCUAGUAUACUUGAUGAAAAAGAACUGUGAUCAUGUCCUCCAAGGAUACUACAAAAGUAACUAUUUUUACGACAAUCAAGUACAUACUCAGCACUACUUGAAGAUUUAUAACAAGCACUAUUGUCCCGUCCCCGGAACAAGAAAAGACCAUGCGCUUAUCUAAAGCCGCUGUUUAUUUAAGCACAACUAUUCAUUGUCCUCGGAUUGAUGUUUAGAAGCAGGCAGCUAUUGGGUGUGAUUUAUAUGCUCGACGUAAAAAGAAUGUCAACCCUUUGGUCUUCCUCGGUUAAUCUUAUUACAUAGAGGCUCUAAGAUUCCAUAACUCCGGUCCUGGGGAGCGUUUCCGCGUAGCUUCCAGACUAGACCCAAAUGAGGCGGCUUUUGCGGAGAAAUGGACCUUCGCCAAAACUCCAGGUCUCACAGAAGAUUCAGGCACUAGUACAACAGCCUCUAGUGCUUCUUGCGACGCGAGCUCUGCCGAGGGCGGCCAAAUCACAGAGAAUGAGCUGGACUUUCUCUUUCAUCGCGGACUAUUAAGCGAAGGCUUGCAUAAUAGCAGUCCACUGAUGUCUUCCAGAAUAGCUCCUCCACUGUCAUCGAAGAGACCACUCUCAACAUCUGCCUCAACAAGUCUUCAAGCUCGUCCACCUCUGUCUUCAAGGACUAGCAGACGUGGAGGAAGUAACAUCGAGUCUUCUGAGGAUUCGUAUUAUUCGAGCGGUGAAGAGGAAGCAGAUGACUCGGUCUCUGAUUCUGACUCCAGCGUUUCAGACCACAACUGUUCCGCGAACCGAGUGGUAGUCCAGCUUGGUCCGAGCAACAACAACGUCGUAGUUGUACACCAACGACAACAAGAAGAUUCAACCAUGAUACUCAAGCCCUCGUCACUACAGCCUUCUUCAACAUCAUUUUUCAACUACUACAAUGUGGAGGGAGCGCACCGAGCUUCUGCCGCAAUGUCAGAGGGUUCUUCGGAUGGGGACUUUUUAGAGCGGAAGUUAGAACAGGUUUUUCGUAGUGCUGAAGACGCAGCUGGAGGAAGUCCUGCCGAUCUUUCCCCUGAACGUCUGCACACAGGAAUUUACCACUCGAUUGUACCCAGAGUUAAGGCUUUUUACCCUGCGAACAAUGGUCCAUCUCCAUAGAAGUCUUCCUAGGAGAGAGGAAAAAGCACCCACAUCCCAGGAUGCGUCUCAAGAAGAUGGACAUGGAUAAGGGUGAGCUCUAACAGCGGACUAGUUGCUCCGCCGCUGCUAGGGAAUGUUGAUGCCAGCUCAGCGUCCUCAAGUUCAUCCAGUUCGUCUAAAGCAACUACGCCAACAGAAGAUGCAGCUGAUGCGGGUGGGGGUCUUGCUUCAGUAUCUCCCUCGCGGGGUGGUACUAGGGCUUCUGGCAAAACUAGGGCUUCCAACAAGCACGAGGACGCUUUUUCUUCUACAACUAGUUAUAAGAACAAAAGUAGUAGAAGAAAUACUAAAUCA